AGUGCAUGCUAUGCGCUGUAUGAUGAUAGCCGUGGAAAAGUACCGGACGGCAUCACGAUCAUCCCAGCCUCACAGGCGAUUGCCAGCCUCACAGGCGAUUGCCAGCCUCACAGGCGAUUGCCAGCCUCACAGGCGAUUGCCAGCCUCAUUCUCACACCUAAAAGUCAGAGUGAUUAUCCUAUUCCAACCAGUGUCCACUUUGACAAAUGACCUGUCUGUCGGAAUGUGAACCUCUUACACUGGGGAUAGUCUGCAUCCAUCCAUCCAUCCAUCCUUUCAUCUUUUAACUGAUAUAUCACAGUCAGGGUUGCUGGGGGCCUGGAGCCUAUCCCAGGCAGCACAGGGCAACAUAUGAUACCGUACAAACUUAACCAAUAACCAGUUCAACAUCACCCCAGAGCAAGUCACUACACCGAAACGCCUUUGGGUAAGACACUGGGAGUUUCGGUGCAAGACAAAAGCUUGCAAGCCCCGAAGGCAUAAAAGUUUGAUCAGCCACCUCUUGCAGCUAUGUGUCACACGCAUGGUUAUCUUUAACUGGAAAAUGACCUGUGGAAUUCUAGGAAAGAGACAAGGUAUUCUGCAUCUAAGUGUGACGCUGAUUAGGCUCUAUGGCUACCGGCAAAUUUUUUGUUAAAAUACCCAAUGAAGUAAAAUGACAAAUCCGGUGCUACAGAAACCAAAAACUGUAAAUCACAAUUUAUUUGUGUGCAGAAAAUAGAUGCCGAUGCUGUUUAUUAAUGCAAGGCUUUCACGCCAACGCACCAUGCAGGGUAAUCGGCGAAAGCAAAAACAUGCGAGAUUUCUAAGGAAACUCUCGGAUGUCACAGCGAUACUGUGCAGCCAGUGAACCGCGUCAAAGGCAGGCGGCAUGGAGCCUGGGGAGCCGCGGGACCUAAUUCCGGGGCCAAUCGUGAGCUAAUUGUUCCAAGCUGUGAACCAAACACGCUCAAUCCAUGGAGCGACAUGUGGGAUCAUCUCCUGAUGUUACCAGAUCACUGGAGCGUCAUGCAGUUGUAGGGAACUCCGGACAGGAGAGGAAGCAAGCAAGAAGCAGGAGGUCCACCGCGUCCGAGCCAGCAGACAUGAGUGUCACAAUGGAACGCAAGCCGAAGCGGCCCCAUUUCAUCCCCCGGCCACCAGGAAAGCCCUACAAGUACCAGUGCUUCCAGUGUCCGUUCACCUGCAACGAGAAGUCCCACCUCUUCAACCACAUGAAGUACGACCUCUGCAAGAACUCCAUCUCCUUGAUGUCACAGCAGGCCAAGCAUCCAAAACGGGACCCCGUCCCCGACCAGAUACCGCCCUCGGAAACCCCCGCCCCCCAGACCCACACGGGGGACACGGACCGGGCCAGAGGUCCAGACGACGGCCCAGACCAAAAGCACACUCGGGAGGACGAAGCAGAUCCUUCGUCCCGAGAAACGUCGACCGGAUGCCUGGCAGAGUCACGGUCACACGGAAGCUCUGCUGCGAAGGAGCCCCAGACCGACCCCUCAGCCUUCUCGCUCAUCGCAGCCGAGGUCGACACGUCGACGUCAAAGAAGCCCGAAGCCUCUACUCCAAUCUGGGGCCCCUUUCGCGACUCCAGUGUAAACUGUGGCCCAGCUCCACCACAACUCCUCGACUACUCCGCCACUGCACCAGGCCACCUCCUGCACCCCACCCCCCAGCCGCCAGGAAUCUGCACAGACUAUGAAAGGGCAAUGCAGAUCCACCUAUACUUCCUGGGUCCCCAGAGGCCCUUACAGCCUCGCCUGCUCUUCCCUGAGUACUCCUCCCUGCCACUGCCAGAGUACUACUACACCCACUACCCACCCUUCCACUUAGCCCCGCCCCCUCACUACUGGCCUUCUCUCACUGCCAACCACAUCUCGAAAGACCCUUCUAUGGAGUUCCCUGGCCACCGCCUGCAUAACCGGGAGCAUGAGCUUUAUUCGUACCCUUGUGCCCAAGGUGGCCACAGCAACGAGUCCUUUCUGGGGCCAUGGAGUGCGGUUCAGCCCAGGGAGCAGAGGUCAGGGAGGAGCCCAAGGGCAGGGUGUGCGGCCUCCUGUUCACCGGACCGACCGGUUACAGCCAAACUUCCCAGGAUGACGGUUGACAAACACAGACCUUAUCAGCCCUACCAAUCGGAGGGAAGGGUGCCCAUCCCACAGCCAAUCAGAGGACAAGUAAGCACUGGGAGCCCCAUACAGGAAACAAGGAUCUCAGAAGAGAGAGAACCCAACUCCACAUUGAAGGAGGACGACGGGGAGGAAAUGCCUCUGACUCCACUAAACCUCUCCAAGAAAGACCAAAAGGACCUGGGGUCUGUCUCAAACCUCCCCACCACCAGAGGGAGCUCUCCAUACCGAGAGACCGUCCCUCUUAACCUGUCUGUCAAGUCACCCACCUCUAGCCCGGCUACUCCCACCCAUGUGAAUUGGCCCACAUUCACCCCCCCGAGCUUGACUGAGAAGCAGACGGCCGCCAUCGCUCUCUGCCAGCUGGCUGCUGCUGGUGGCUUCGCAGAGGGCAGCAAACGCAAGCUGGCAGAGUGCCGAGCCCAGGCCAAAGGUCAGGAGAGGAUGCGGUGCAAAGAGAAAGAGCAGCCAGCUAGGACAGGCAAGGCUGAAGAGGCGAACCGAGCCCUAAAGAAGAGGCUUCGCAGAACCUGAGCAGGAGAGAACAGGGCCUUCUGCAUCGAUGAACUGUGAAACAGGACUUAAUGAACUCAAUGCAAAAUUCUGUAUGAUAAACACCCACCAAAACAGCUCAAAAGGGGGAAACGCUUGUGUUAAAUAUGAAUAACCAUAAAAUGGAUGGAUGGAUGGAUGGAAAACCUUUACCUAAGCUACCAUAUAUUUUGUACGUGUUCCAAAAAUCUCAGUAAUGAAGAAGUCACGUUCUGCAGGUCAUGUGUCACAUACUAAACAUUUCUAACUUACUGCUGUGAACAGCCGGGAUACACAUAUGAGGAAGGACAUGUAAAGAUAUGCAGGUUUAAAAAGGCAGCCGUUGAAUUGAAUCCAUUGCAUUAUUAUCUUGUUAUAAAGAGAGAUUUGUGUCUA